AUGUUGGAGAUUGAUCUACAAGAUAUAUCAAUAUCCUCCUCUCACUCUUGCGAACAACAAGAGGAGGACGAUUGGUCUUGUACUAUGAACCAAUUAAGGAUAGAGGAUAGCGAUUUCAACGCAAUUUUUCGAAGUAUUCAGGAAGCUAUUGAUGCGAAUGUGUACCCCGAGCUCACUCCAUUAGGCAGUUCUGGAACAUAUUUUGCUAAAGAUAUAAGUGGAACGAGUGUGGCUGUUUUCAAACCGAAAGAUGAAGAACCAUUUGCUGAGUUGAAUCCCAAAUGGCCGAAGUUUUUUCAAAAAAUGCUUUGUUUCUGCUGUUUUGGAAGAGCCUGUCUUAUUGCUAACAGCGGCUAUCUAUCAGAGGCUGGAGCCAGUUAUGUCGACUCAAUGCUUCAAUUAGAAAUUGUACCGAAGACUCGAGUGGUUAAAUUGGCUUCACCGUCCUUUUACUAUUCGCGAUGGUACGGAAGAAACAUUGUGAAACCCAAGGAAGGAAGUCUUCAGCUUUUUGUUAAUGGUUACGAACGAGCUGAAACUGUAUUCGGGCGCUGGGAUUAUAAUAAAGAACUUUUAAGUUCAGAGGAAGAAGUGAGAUUCACAGAACUAUUUCAAAGGAUGUGCGUCUUGGAUUAUAUAAUAAGAAAUACUGAUAGACAUCUAGAUAAUCUGCUCAUUAGACAUGUGCCUGGGAAAGAAUUAGAAAUAGCGGCGAUUGAUAAUGGUUUGGCUUUCCCAGUCCGACAUCCGGAAUCAGCAAGUCGUUUUCGAACUUUUCCAUUCCGUUGGGCGAAUCUUAAGUGGGCUCAAAAGGAUUGGGAUGAAAGCUUAAGAGAACAUCUUCUCGAAGUUAUAACGCCACAUUUCACUCAUGAAUUAUGCAAAGUAUUACAAGAGCUAUUUUCUAAUAAUUCUAUAAAUAAUCGAGUUCUGAUUGAAAAACAGCUCAGAAUUGUUCGCGGCCAGUUAUGGAAUCUGAGAAAAGCCCUGAUCAACAACGAUCCGCCCGCUGUCAUGUCCAAGCUAGAACCUGUAACUCUAAUCCGACGACAUGGCCGUAAGCAUCAAAAUUCUGAUGAUUGGUUGGAGUGGUUUCGUUUGAAAUCUGUUGAUUAUGGAGACCGUAGUUGUUGCUGA